AGCCCUUCAAGUUCUCGGUUCUGGAGAUCUGCGACCGCAUCAAGGAGGAAUUUCAGUUCCUGCAGGCGCAGUACCACAGCCUGAAGCUGGAGUGCGAGAAGCUGGUGAGCGAGAAGACGGAGAUGCAGAGACACUAUGUCAUGUAUUAUGAAAUGUCUUAUGGGCUGAACAUUGAAAUGCACAAGCAGGCAGAGAUCGUCAAGAGGCUGAGUGCCAUCUGCGCCCAGAUCGUCCCCUUCCUCACACAGGAGCACCAGCAGCAAGUCCUGCAGGCCGUGGAGCGGGCCAAGCAGGUGACCAUGGCAGAGCUCAACAGCAUCGUCGGGCAGCAGCUUCAGCACCUCUCCCACCAUGCGCCUACCGUCCCGCUGGGUGCCCACCCGUCUGUGCCGCCGUCCAGCCUGGUUGGGGCCGGCAGUUCCGCGGGGCUCCUGGCCCUCUCAGGGGCCCUCGCGGCUCAGUCGCAGCUCGCGGCCAAGGAGGACAGAGCGGCCCCGGAUGGGGAGAGCAGAGCUCAUUGCAUUCCUCUCCCCGCUCCAUCCCAGAGCAUUUCUGCCUCCCCUCUGGAGAGCCUGCCGGACGAGGAGCGCACGGGCAGCACCGGGAUGAAGCGGAAGCGGGAGGAGAAGGACUUACCUGGGCCUGACGUGAGUGGAGUGGCAGAGUGUGGCCUGGGCGUCGGGAAGGGCCUGGAGGUGGCCGAGGGUCUCUGGGGUGAAGGGCAGAAGUGGGGAGCAUUCCCCUUGGACAGUGAUGGGGACAAGAGCGACUACAACCUGGUGGUGGACGAGCUCCGGCCGCCUCCCGCCAAGCCACCCGCCACGGACACGAUCGCGCUGCGCAGCCCGCUGAGCAGCUCCAGCCCCUGCGCUGCCUCCUUCGGGACGGUGCCGCACAGCGAGCUCGCCGCCCCCGGCGUCUACGUGGGCCUGCCCCUCUCCCCACACGUCAGCAGCACUGUGAUGUACGGACGGGCCCCCAUGGUGGCUUUUGAGUCUCACCCUCACCUGAGGGCCUCCUCCAUCUCCUCGUCGCUCUCCACCAUCCCCGGAGGGAAACCCGCCUACUCCUUCCACGUCAGCGCUGACGGGCAGAUGCAGCCCGUGCCCUUCCCGCCCGACGCGCUCCUCGGCUCCGGCAUCCCGCGGCACGCGCGGCAGCUCCACACGCUCACCCACGGCGAGGUGGUCUGCGCCGUCACCAUCAGCAACUCCACACACCACGUCUACACGGGCGGCAAGGGCUGCGUGAAGGUGUGGGACGUGGGGCAGCCGGGCGCCAAGACGGCCGUGGCGCAGCUCGACUGCCUGAACCGGGACAACUACAUCCGCUCGUGCAAGCUGCUCCCCGAUGGGCGCAGCCUCAUCGUGGGGGGGGAGGCCAGCACGCUGUCCAUCUGGGACCUGGCGGCCCCCACGCCCCGCAUCAAGGCCGAGCUCACGUCCUCCGCGCCCGCCUGCUACGCGCUGGCCAUCAGCCCCGACGCCAAGGUCUGCUUCUCGUGCUGCAGCGACGGCAACAUCGUCGUGUGGGACCUGCAGAACCAGACCAUGGUCAGGCAGUUUCAAGGCCACACAGAUGGCGCGAGCUGCAUUGACAUCUCGAACUACGGCACGAAGCUGUGGACGGGGGGGCUGGACAACACGGUGCGGUGCUGGGACCUGCGGGAAGGGCGGCAGCUGCAGCAGCACGACUUCAGCUCGCAGAUCUUCUCCCUGGGCUACUGCCCCACGGGCGAGUGGCUGGCGGUCGGCAUGGAGAGCAGCAACGUGGAGAUCCUGCACGUGAGCAAGCCCGACAAGUACCAGCUGCACCUGCACGAGAGCUGCGUCCUGUCCCUCAAGUUCGCCUCCUGCGGGAAGUGGUUUGUGAGCACGGGCAAGGACAACCUGCUCAACGCCUGGCGUACACCCUACGGCGCCAGCAUCUUCCAGUCCAAAGAGUCCUCAUCGGUGCUGAGCUGUGACAUUUCCAUCAACGACAAGUUCAUCGUCACGGGCUCCGGUGACAAGAAAGCCACGGUGUACGAGGUGGUGUACUGAGG